UUUUUUGUUUUUUUUUUCUCUUCUCUUUCCUUUCCUUUCUUGCAUACUCUUCUUCCUCCUCAUCCUGGUGGUUGAACUAUAUCUGAUUGAAACAACUAAAUUGCAUUAAAUUCAAUACUCUGUGUACAGCUUUCUUUCUUGCACAUAAUUAAUUAUUCUAUAUUGGGUUGUACAGCUUUUAGUCUCUUUUCUCUUUCACAUCCAACAAAGUGUUCCAACCUUGUAGCAUUGCAUCUGCUUCUUAUAUAUGCUCUCUCUUCUCUUCUCUUAAUUCUCAGAAAGAGAGGAAGAGUAAGGGAGGGAGAGAGAGAGAGAUGGGUAGUAUAGAGAUGGAUAAGGAGAGGUUGACAGCGGAGAUGGCGUUUAAGGACUCGUCAUCCGUGGUUAUCAAGAUCCGGCAGAAGUUGCCGGACUUUUUGCAGUCUGUGAAGCUCAAGUACGUGAAAUUGGGUUAUGGGUACUCGUGUAACGCCGCCACUGUUUUGAAAUUUGGGGUUGUUUUGCCGUUGUUGGUGGCGACGGUGGUUCAGAUCACUGGGUUGAGGUUUGAUGAUGUUUCUGAUUUGUGGACGAGUCGGGCGCUUCUCGUUGAUACGGCGACGGCGGUGACUGGUUCGGCGGUGCUGCUCUUCCUCUUGGGGGUCUACUGGGCGAAGCGGCCCAGCCCGGUUUAUCUGGUGGAUUUUGCUUGCUACAAGCCGGAGGAUGGUCGGAAGAUGUCGGUGGAGUCGUUCUUGGAGAUGACAGAGGAAAAUGGGAAAUUCGAGGAGGAGACGGUUCAGUUCCAGCGGCGGAUCUCUACCCGGUCCGGUUUGGGAGACGAGACGUAUCUUCCGAGUGGGAUCACCUCCACACCGCCGAAUCUGUGCAUGAAGGAGGCACGAGCGGAGGCGGAGGCGGUGAUGUUCGGCGCACUGGACUCGCUUUUCAGCAAAACCGGUGUCAAACCCAGCGACAUCGGGAUACUCAUCGUAAACUGCAGCUUAUUCAAUCCAACUCCAUCUCUCUCAGCUAUGAUCGUCAACCACUACAAGCUCAGAACCGACAUCAGCAGCUACAAUCUGGGCGGAAUGGGCUGCAGCGCAGGCCUCAUCUCUAUAGACCUCGCGAAACAUCUCCUCAAAGCAAACCCAAACACUUAUGCCGUCGUUGUCAGCACGGAAAACAUCACUCUCAAUUGGUAUUUCGGGAAUGACCGCUCCAUGCUUCUCUGUAACUGCAUCUUCCGCAUGGGCGGCGCGGCCGUGCUCCUCUCCAACAAGUCCCGCGACCGGAGUCGCUCCAAGUACGAGCUCGUCCACACCGUCCGGACCCACAAGGGCGCAGACGACAACAGCUACAAUUGCGUGUACCAGAGAGAAGACGACAAGGGUACAAUCGGCGUGUCACUGGCUAGAGAACUAAUGGCGGUAGCAGGAGAUGCAUUGAAGACCAAUAUUACCACACUGGGUCCUCUUGUCCUGCCAUUUUCAGAGCAGUUCAUGUUCUUCGUAACCCUGGUGAGGAGGAAGCUGAUGAAGGCGAGGGUGAAGCCGUACAUACCAGAUUUCAAGAAGGCGUUUGAGCAUUUCUGCAUACAUGCAGGAGGGAGGGCUGUGCUGGACGAGUUGCAGAAGAACUUGCAACUCAGUGAAUGGCACAUGGAGCCAUCCAGGAUGACUCUCCACCGAUUCGGGAACACCUCCAGCAGCUCACUGUGGUACGAGUUGGCCUACACAGAGGCCAAGGGUCGGGUCUCUGGAGGCGACCGGGUCUGGCAGAUUGCAUUCGGAUCGGGUUUCAAGUGUAACAGUGCCGUUUGGAGAUCUCUGAGGGAGAUUCCAGUGGGUGAGUCUGGAGAUAACCCCUGGGCUGACUCAGUAGAUCGUUACCCAGUCAAGGUUCCCGUCGAUGCAACAAAGCCUUAGUUAUCGUUCCUUUUUUUUUAAAUGUUUGUAAUUUUUCCUUUUUUUUUUUUUCUUUUUCGAAUGUACUAAAUUUGAUGGUGGACCAACACCAGACAUCGUCUGGAAGUGUUGAUUUAUUUGGUAUUUUCUGGCUCUGUCAUUGAGAAAAAGGGGUUAGAAAAAAUCCCAAGGUGUAUAACAUCGGAAAAUGACCUUGCUUGGAUAGGUGAUAUUCAGAUUUUCUCAUUUUCGUGCUUGGAAA